UGAAAAUUAAACCCUUCGAUUAGCAUUCAUUCCAAAAAUAUACAAUUCCCUUCCUACACAAUCUGAAAAUCAACGCAAAUUUUCAUUUCAAAAGCAAGAAAAUUAUUCCAACAAAAAGCCCUAACCAGACGAUUCCACUGGACUGGUUCACUGUAUCUUAAAUGCGAGGGCGCGGUCGACGAAGAAAACAGAGUGAGAAAAAGCAACGAGCAAGCUUGCCUUGGCAAUGGAAUCUCCGAGGGAGAAGACGAGAAUGUGAGGGGGUCCGAACUGCUUCAGGCCCUGUCGAGCAUCGACUUGUGGGCUAAGAUGCGCAUCGCCCCAACGUGUAUGACUAACCCUAGAAAUUGAGAAGGAGAAGACUGAAGAGGAUGGGAUUGGGGAGGAGCACCUGAGGCGCACGAUAGCAUGCGGUAAGUCAAUGGCGGGCAGAGGAGGAGGUUGGACCAGGGGGAGGAUGCAGCCGCCACCAGCAGCCGCAGGCGGUCCGCAUGCCUCCGCCGCUGCCACAGCCAGCCUUGGCAUUCGAUCCCCUGUCGGGACUCGCCCGUCUAAGGGACGCGUAUUCCCCUCAUGCGCACGUUAUCCCAGGUUCCUCUCUCUCUCUCUCUUUAACCUUACACGUGCGAGGCUGACGCUGACGCUGACAGUACAACUCUUACGCAUUAAGAAAUGCCAAGACCUGUCUGGGUGCUCCGCAUUCCAAUUAGCGCUCUUUCCCUCUAUUCUACAGUCCAAGACAUUGCCGUAGACCUUACCAAUCAAAUUGGGCCACGUAAUCAAACCAGCAUAAAUCAAAGGAACUCGGCUGUUCCUACGUAAACGUUGUCGCACAGGAGAUUAGCUUCUUUUAGUCUAUCGCUCAAAGCACAUGCCGACCGCCAGCGAGGAGGGGGACGAGCAAUAAUAAACUCAUAUUUUAAAUAAAUAAAUAAAUGAAGGCCCUGCAAAGUGCAAAGCAAACCCCGCCGACCGGAAAAUGGGUACAUACUAAAUUAAUCAUACUAUGCCUAUAUAUAAUAUAUUGUACCCCACCUGGAUUCCUAUCGUACGCCAGCGGGGUGCUACGGCCGCUAACGUACACCCACACCCUGAGAUUUACAGCGAGUGGAGUGCCUGAGGAAGAAGAAGACGAGCGAGACUGCCUGAAGCAGCAGAAACAAGUUAAUCAAUCUGUAUCAUAUAUCUACGUGUGCAGGGAGAGAGAGAGAUAGAAAGAGAGGUAGAAAAGCUGAAGUUUCUUCUUCCGUAUGUCUACUUUUCUUAAUUUUGAGCAUAAUAGGAAGUACUGAUGAUGAGAAGCUUCUAGGAGUACUAGUGGAUGGUGCAUGUAUGUGGGGUACGGUUGGAUUCAAUUCAAUGGAAUUCGUGGUAAACGAAAAGCGCCUGUGAGCUAAUUUUGAUUGUAUAUGUGUUCGAUGAAAUUUGGAAGCGGUUUGGUAUUAGAUCUCUUCGCCAUCACCAUGUUCUCUAUAAAUUUCCACAAGUACUGAGUUUUGUGUUGUUUCUCUUCUGUGGGGCUGUGAUAGAUCUGAUCCCUUGUUCCAUAGGACCAACGAUUAGCGCUAAGAUGGAUUGACGACGGCAACCGCCCAAAAAAAAACACACACACACACACAUAUCGAUGUCUGCAGAUCAAUCACAGAAGGCUGACUUGCAUUAAUCUGUUCUUUCUUAUUUUCUUUUGGCCUUUUUAUUUAUUCCCCGGAUCUCAACGGUAGAAUCGAAGAGAUGGCGAACCCCUGGUGGGCUGGAGAUUUGGCAAUGAGAGGGGUUAACGUUGACCAAAUGUCGUCGGCUCCGUCACUCCACCUCGGCAAUCCAGACGUCGACAACCACCCCCUGAUUUUGAACCGGCUUGGACCGCCUGUCAGGUGUGAGCAGGAUUUCAUGGACAACCGUAACUCUAAUGCUCCGGCCACAACCGAAGAUCACGACAACGAUAACCACGGUCCCGACUACGAAGACCAAGGCGCUGCCGCUGGCGGCGGCGGAGCACUCGAAAUCGCCGAACCCAGCGGAGGAAGUGGUCGGCGCCCCCGUGGUCGGCCGCCGGGCUCCAAAAACAGGCCCAAACCCCCCAUUAUCAUCACUAAGGAAGACCCAACCGCCCUCCGGAGCCUCGUGUUGGAGAUCGGCAAUGGCACGGACGUCGCCGAGAGCAUCGCGACAUUUGCGCGGCGCCGCCAGCGUGGGGUUUCGGUCCUCGGCGGUAGCGGAACGGUCACCGAUGUCACCCUCCGGCGGGGGUCUGCGCCGGGGGAGUUGAUGCCGCUUCAUGGGAGGUACGAGAUAUUGUCGAUGUCUGGGGCGUUCCUGCCGGCGCCGUCGCCUCCGCGGGCGUCAACGAUGACGGUGUUGAUGGCAGGGUUGGAUGGGCAGUUGGUGGGAGGAGUAGUGGCGGGCGCGAUUGUGGCGUCGGGGCCGGUUAUGGUGAUUGCGGCUACGUUUACGAACACAAUGUACGAAAGGUUGCCACUAGAGGACGAGGCGCUGGCGAUUGUGGCAGGAAGUGGCGGCGGCGGCGGCAGAGGCGAGGGAAUUGAAGGGGAGCAAACGGCAUCGUCGAGAGUGAUUGAGAAUGGUAAUGUUUCGGGUAGAAAUGAUGAGCAGCAGGGAGUAGGAGCUAACGGUGGGGGUUCAAUGGGAAUGGUUUACAAUUUGGUGCACAAUGGUAGUCAUCAGGUACCACAUGAAGUAUUUUGGGCAUCUCCUCCUCCACCGCGUCCCCCUCCCUCUUUCUAAUAAUCGCAGCCCACCUUAUCUUUAUCAUAUCAGAACUAAAAAUUGAGGUACAACUCUAGGAGGGAAUGAAAUCUGAGAGGAGGAGGAGGAGGAGGAGGAGAAGUAGAAGAAGAAGAAGAAGAAGAAGAAGAAGAGGAAGAGGAAGAGGAAGAGGAAGAAGGUACUGAUAGGUAGCUAGUUUUGGUUAUACACAAAUAUGGGACUGACCCUGUUUAAAAUAUGUGAACUACCACUUGUAAGCAUAUAUAUUUAUAGCAAGCAAACUACGACUUCCAUCUUUUGUUUAA